AUGAGAUCGGACGUCAGCAUGUAAAGGCGCACUCUUGCAGCCACUUCAGUCCAUGUUUUAACCGAUGACGGCACAAGUCACUACUACUUAAGUACGUACCGCUACCACUACCACUACCACUACCACUACUACUGUCACACUGGAAACUCUGUAAGGUUUAUUACAUGCACCUUUGUAAUCCUGACUUAGAUUGUUGGAGGGCUAAAAUGAACACCUCAUGCACUGGGCCACUUGAAACGAAUGUUACCCUCGUACUUAAAAUAGGAAGUUAAGGCAAUGACAAUUGUAACGGCAAUUAGAAAGACAAAAAGGCAAUUCGUUAGAUUAGCAAAAUAACAACUUUGCACUUGAAUCAUGCUUUUUUGUACAUUAUUUUCUUAGCUGUCGUUGCAGGGCUACAAUGUGAAAGUGCCUAAUUUCACAUUUUGUCAUGGACAGGAACCCAACACAACAACUUUCUUUUUCUUUUCCAGAACUUUGAUACAGCCCUUCAGAAUUCAAAUCCAAAAGCAUUUGCCCACAUUGGACGAAUUAAACAAGAUAAAAUAAGUGUGAUAAAGUUUGAGGCAAUGCGAAUUCACUUUUUAAGUGAUGUUUUCUUAGCUGUCACCUUUGUUGUUGCUUAAACUCCCUAAUGUGCUACAAGUGAGAGACAGGCAUUGUGAAUUCCAAUUGCAAUCAUUUGGUGAUCCUCAGGCAGUUAACAGAGUUAUUACUGUAAGGUUUAUAACCAUAGCAUUGCAACAAACAUAUUUUUUAUGUUCCCUAAAGGUGACAAGAGCAGAUGUUAAAGUCCAACCAUACGUCCUCAGAACCAAGUCCCCAUUUGUCGGCCACAUGGAUUACAAAUAUCUCAGAUGGCAGGUCAGACCAGACUUUUACCUGUACCUGUACAUAUGUGUAAUGGUGACUGUACAUAAUUUUACUGCAGCCCAGUUUUUUACAUUAGUUUUAAUUUAUGUUGUGUCCUUUUAUUCAUCCUCUGACAAUUUAUGUAGCAUAAUACACCAAAAGAAAAUGACAUGUUUUGCACUGUGACUGUAUAAUUUUGGUACACUAACAAAAUCAACUUUGUACUGUACCAACAUCAAUAGACAGCUACAUGUGUAUAACCCUGUUUGGUAAAAAAGUCAGUUUAACAGAAGAGUUGGUUUAACAAAAUAAUGUAACAACAUCAUAUUUGUACUGAAGUACCAAUUGAUAUAAAAGUGUACUACCCUAACUUGUCAGUUUUGUACAAUACCAGUAUUUUUUUUUGUAUCGUACCAACAUCAGCUUGUAUGUUGAAGCAGUUUGAUUUUGACAAAUGUAAAAGCAGCAAUUUUGAUACCAUAACAGUAUCAAUUUGUAUGGUUUCUUGUCAAUGCAGCCAAUACCAAGGAAAAACUUUCCUUCAUUGAAUUGGACAGAUGCUCAUUAAUGACUUCAGAAAAAUUAGUAUUGGUUCCGUGCUAAAUGAAGUUGCAAGGGUAGUAAAAUUGUUACAAAUGGUAUUGGUUCUGUACAGUUUUAUUACUGGUAUUACAUAGUACUUAGUAUUGGUUCUGAAUAGUUUUCUCAGUGUUCUUACCAAGAUUGUUACCACCCUGGGGUCCACAGGACCCAUAGAGAAGCUAAAAUGGGGUCAUGAGGGAGAAAAGCAGGUCACAAUUUUUAAGACAGUUAAUUCAACGUUUAACUCACUGAUCUGAGUUUCAAGGUAAAUACCUCAUACUUUCAUAGAUAAUCAGUAAUUUUGUUACAAAUAUGUUAUGGUGAGUCCUGGGACUCAAUUUGUGAAAAGUCAUGAGUCCCAGUUCAAAAAACGUACAAUGAGUCCCUGGGUCUUUUGUAACCACAUAGUUAAUCCGAAGACAGACUCCAAAACUCUGUAAUUCAGUUUACUGAAAUAUACUGUGUAAAAAUAUACUCCUUCUAUUGUAAAGCACAACAAAGACUAAAAGAAAUGUGUCAUUUAACAACAGCCACAGAAAUCACACAAACAGGAUAUUCUACAAAAACACCUUCAGAUCAAUCAAUCAAUGUUUGUGUCCUACGGGAUGCAUAUCAUAAAUUAUUUUGCGUCUUUGGGGAUUUUUAUGUGUCAGGGACGCAGCACGCAGAUGUAAAAAACACAAAGUACAAAGUGAUAUUUUCUUUGUACUGAGCAAUGUGAAGUGAAAAGUGACAUUGGUACAGAACAAAAUGAUAUUCAUGUUGAUAUGCGCAAUGUGAGGCUGGUACGGUCAGCAACGCGGGUGCAAAAAUGAUGUUCAUGUGUUUUUGUACUGUGUGAAGCUGGUCCAGUCAAAAGUAAAAUCAAAGUAAAAUUUAUGGAGAACCUGUGGCUAAUUGUUUAGAAAAUCCUCUUGCCCCCUCCCUUGAAAAAUAUCUUUGACCUCAGAGCUUCCAUGCCACUCUAUCUCCACCACAAAUGAAAAAUAUGUUCAAACAAAUACCUGCUACGCCGGCUACUACUCAUAGAAGAGAACUGAACUGCUACAUUCUAUAAUAACUACUGAUAGAAGGUACAGGUUGUACAUUUCCACACCUCUAUCAAUUUUCAAAAUCAAUAUCAUUGAUCAUGAUAACCGGCUAUGAGGGCAUUAUGCGAUUCAUUUUGAGCAAAAAGAUUUCUAAGAACUAUUCCAGUUUUAUGAGACACUAGCUUGAGUAAAUAAGCGUUGAAAGGCGCAGGUCACGUAAAAUAAUUAAGCCCUUAGGGUCUUUAAAGGACCUAAAAAUAUAGUCUCUUAGGCUGGAUUUCUACUGUCGCUUAAUUUUCACAAGCGUACAAGUACAGUAUGUACGUAUACAGUGAUGUACAUACCUAAAAUGUAAAAAAGAGGCAAGGUAUGGAUGGUCAUGCAUUAAUGUAAAAGUUGAACCUUGCUCAACUUAAAUGCACAAUUUAUUGGCAACGUUCUUCCUUUGUUGUUACUGGAAAUGUAAACUGCCUCAUGGCUUAUGAUUAAGAUACUUGUAGUGCAUAGUAGACAACCUAUAUCGACAGCGAGACUGUUCAUGCUUUUGUAGCAAACGUGAAAAUGACAACCCCGUCCCCGGGGUUCUCUCACAAAUAUGCAUGAAUGUACAACUCAGGCACCCUUCAGCAACAACAAACUAUGUUGUUUUCAUAUCAGGCAGUGAGUUCGGGUCAGAACAGUAGAGCCAAUUAAUCUCUGUCAACACAAAGUGAGCAAGUGACACAUUUGCAUAUUGAAACCUAUCACAAACACCCUUUGGAUACCCUUUGGGUAUCUAUGUGUUCAAAAAUUGAUUUACAAUGAAGGUAAAUUAAUUUACAACAUUAUUUAUUGCUGCUGUUCAACAUUUGUUUUGUCUUAAUAAAUUUUAACAAUUCUGGCUUCACUUACAUGAGAUGUUCAAAGUGAAAAGUGUAUGUAGGAUAAGUUAGUCAGUCAUCUGAUGUAUCCUAGUUACAUCAGUGAUAAUGAUAAAAUAGUACUAUGUUAAUUAUGUUAUAAAAUGUGCUUGACUGAAUUCUCAAAAACCACUAAAAAGGGUCCUUGAAAAGUGGCUAAAAAUAUGUGCAAACAUGUUCCCCUAUUUAAAAUGUAGCAGCAUGAAACCCUGGGGAAAGGGUUCAAAAACAAGUAACAUUGAAGACCUUGAUAUUUUUAAAACUACAGUACUUCAAAAUAGAAGCUACUGGUAAUUUUAAAAACUUAAAAAGGAUGCAAAAAUAAGUGCAAUUAAUACUACAAUAUAUUAUAAUCUGCAGUUAUUCCAAUAUUAUAUAGAAUUGAAGAACUGUUAGUAACCAUGUAAAGUAUUUCAAAAAGGAAUCAAAACCAAAAAAAUUGAUCACAACUACCCACAUGUCUCUAAACUGUGCCACAACAUUUAUUUUAAAAUUUCUGCGAUGUUUUAAUUUUGUUCCAUGUCUAUCAAUGGUCAAAAUUACAUUUGCUACUACACUGUACUUUAUUGGGAAAUUAAACUUUUGACUAACAGUCAUUGUGAUUUCAUGUGUGUAAGUUGAUUUUGUAUGCUGAUCAUACAAUAUUACCAGUCUGUACAUGUAUGCAUGUGUUGUAUUUUUAUUAUUCAUAGGUUGUUGACACUCCAGGAAUCCUCGACCAUUCAUUAGAAGAAAGAAACACGAUAGAAAUGCAGGUUAGAAAGUUUGUCAAUGAGGUAUAAACUUUUUAUUACAAGUCACCGUGAUGUUAGUUAAAAAGAAUGAUCUAAACAUUUACUUGAAUUUUUUAGGCAAUUACUGCCCUUGCUCACUUGCGAGCGGCAAUUCUCUAUGUGAUGGACAUUUCAGAGCAGUGUGGUCACACUCUUGUGGAACAGAUAGAGCUGUUUAAUGGCAUUAAACCUCUGUUUGCAAACAAACCCUUGCUGGUGAUCUUAAACAAAAUUGAUGUUCUUAGACCUGAUGAGCUUUCUGAGGAGAAGAAAGAACUGAUGAAAGUUUUUGAUCAAGAAGGUAAUAUUCUGCUUGAUCUUCAUAACCUUACAGUACCAUGCUGUAUUACAGUCCACCUACUUUACCACAGUUGACCCAGGAAACCCUUCAUCUCAUUAUCAUCAUCAUCAUCAUCAUCAUCAUCAUUUUCUUGAUGAUUAUGAUCAUGACCAUCAUUGAUCAUCAUCAUGAUGGUCAUCAUCAUCAUCAUCGCCAUCAUCAUGACUACCACGACCGUCAUCAUCAUUAUCCUUAGCCUGUGAGCAAGCUCUCCAUUUGUAGGACAUCCGGAAAAGUAGACACGUAAGAGCAGGGUGCAAAGAAAAUCACUUUUACAGCUUGUCAUUCGGGCAAGCUGAAGCUAGCAUUUACUAGCCCAGAUGUCAUUUCAACUAGCCCCAAAAAACGUUUUGACUAGCAGAAUUGAUUAACAGUUCUUCUGUUUUCGAAUUCCUCAAAAAACGUCACUUGCCCGUCGGGCAAUUUAAAAACAGAAUUCACUAGCCCGAUAGCAAAAUCCACUAGCCCCAGGCUAUCGGACAGUACUUUCUUUGCACACUGGAGAGGAGACGUAAAAGUAGCAGUUGGGAGAGAGAAAAGGGAUCUUGCAAUGAUCACUCAUUAAUUUUCAUUUCCACCCCGGACAUCCCAAAGCAUUAAAACUGUCACCGCAAACGUGCUGCAAAUUAGAAAGUCACAUUAAGACAGCCGAGGAAAGUUUUUGAAACAUAGUAUAUGGUAUUUUUGUCUGUUUCGGAACUGGAGAAGAGCAUUUUCUUGGACUUGGUUCUCUUAUAUUUUACUCCUCAGUUGCUUCCUACUCUUUCUAUUGACCUUCUUGACGGUCAGCUGCUAAUUCUUUGUCAGCUACACUGUCAUGUACCAGUUUCUGAAUUUUUACUCAGUGGAAAACAAUCAGGCAAAAAAAGCAACGUUGGAAGGCAUACAAACAUACAAACAAAUACAACUGAUGAAGGGUUCUCAUUUUCUGAUAAUCCUCGGCUCGCAACAUUUUAUUGGCAACACUUUCACGCAUACAGCUUUCUGAGAAUUACACACAGACGAAAGUUGUCUUUCACAGAAGGAGAAAGAGAUUUUCUGCCUCUACCAGUCUUCUUUUUCAAAGUGAGUUCAACAAUCACUGACAUAACACAGAUUUUGGUGAUAAUACAUUUCCCGUGAUCAACCAACUUUGAUUUCCGGAAUGUCAUUUUUCCCUUCAUCUGGGCAAAGUACAUGUACAAAUGAAAAUUUAUGAGAGAUUGUUGCAAGCCCUCCUUUCCUUGGCCUCUCGUGGCUUUGUCGAUCACUCUGUUCACAUUCUCGUGUGGCUCGCUUGGCUUGCCCAAAGAGGAGAGCUUGUCCACAGGCUACAUCAUCCUCAUCAUUAUCCUAAACCGUUAACUUAGAAGUUAAGUUUUCUUCACUUUUGUAAACAUAGUAAGUCUCUCCACCAUAAUUAGAACUUGCUAUAUUAAGGCAGUGUAUGUUUGUACAUUAUUGACAUUUUUUUUGUGUAUGAACAAAGAAAGAACAUCGAGAUAAACUCCUGGCUGUUUCUGUAGGUGUUACCCUUCUUCCAAUGAGUACAGUUACUGAAGAAGGUGUGAUGACUGUCAGAAAUGAGGCUUGUGAUCAGCUCCUAGCUCAGAGAGUUAAAAUAAAGAUGAAGAGCAAAAAAACAUCAGAUGUCAUGAACAGACUUCAUGUUGCCAUGCCAACGCAGAGAGAUCAGAAAGAGAGACCACCCUGCAUUCCUCAGGUAAUGCUGCACUAUCCCGAACAUCUCAUAAAGGAACUGUAGUCAAUCCUUAAAGCCCACAGUGAUCAGUGUCGACUUUCCCUCCAGGGAAUGAAUGUGUAUAUAGUGAGAGUUAGGACAUUGAUCACGUGAGAAAAUUGUCUUGGUAGGUUAACAGUGGUUGUAAAUGAGAUAGAUGAACUCUCAUGGAAGCUUGUGCUGCUUAGUAUAGACUCCGUUACUGUGCUUUUCACAAGUACGCGAACUUUCAAGUUCAAAAGCCGCCUUCACAAUUGCAUUUUUUGCUGCCCUCAAUCAUAAUUACACUAUUAACAUCACAAGCAAUACACCUUGAAACACAGAAGCACACAAAACGGAUCGAAAUCCGCCAAUCACAGGUAACAAACCAUGACCUUUUGAACCCAUUUAAGUAGAGUUCUGUUUCCUGAGAGGUCUGCUAAGAUGAUUGACAGCAGCGAAAAACACAAACGUUAGUUUAACUUGCCUAACGGGCAAGUGAAGUUUUUUGGGGAAUUCAAAUUACAGAAGAACUGUGCUUAAGUUAUUAUGCUGCACCUGUAGCUAUACUUUUCCCAAAUGGUAAGCUGUAAAACUGACUUUUUUUGUACCCUGCUUUAUGGUGCCUUUUGAUGCCUUAAUUAUUACUGCCAAAUGUGCAUGAAAUAAAUCAUAUAUGAGAACUGUGGAAAUGACAUUAAAAAAAAUGAAAAAUGAUCGUUGCAGUUGUGAUUUAUGAUUUUCAUGCAUUGUAGCUUAGUUGGUUAGAGUGUCGCACUGGUAUUGCGAGGUCAUGGGUUUAAAUUUCAUGGAAGUCCUGAAUCUUUUUCAGGCUUCUUAUGCAAUUGCAUAAAUUGCAUUCACAACUGCGAGGAUCGUUCUUCGUUUGUUUUAAAUAUUAUUGUUAGUAACCAUUCUGUCAAGGUGAUUGUAAUACAUCUACUCAUUAGAUCUACACUGUGUCACAUUGCAAGAAAUUAUGUCCACAAAGAGAGUUUGGAUUGUCUUAUAAUAUUGAUUCAAACUUUGUUUUUGCUACUUCAUAUACAGGCUGUACUUGAUAAAAGGCAGGCUAUGAUUGUUGAAGGAGCCCAGCCCAAGUGCAAACUGGACAGAGAUCUGGAGAUUGAGAUGGGAGAAGAUUACUACAUGGAUAUGUGGGAGCAUUGGGAUCUGGGAAAAGGUGACAAGAAACAUGAUAUUUUACCAGAGAUUUACCUUUGAAAGAAUGUGGCUGACUUCAUUGAUCCAGAUAUUAUGAAGGUGAGGUUUCAACUUGGAGUUGUAGUGUUUAAGUUUCAAUUUCUUUAUGUGAAAAAUAACAGGUCAAACCAAGAGAGGAGCCCUAAUCCAAAAAGGGGACUUUGCAUCCUUUUUUAAUCUGCCUAAUCUGAGAUUUGUAUAUGUCACUACAAUAACUGAAUUUAUUAUUUAAUAAUUGAUUAGAUGUGUUUAUAAAAAAUCAGCCAAUCGAUCAAUCAAUCUAUAAACUUGGCAAUACAAAUGAAGCCCAUUUCCAAGUUCCAAAACGUCUCACUUUCAAAAUGAGGCUAAAUGCAAAACCUUUCUUGUGAAAACGAGUUUUAUUUGUAUGAUAACAAAACUCGUUUUCAUAUCAAUGCCUUUAUGCUUACGGGGCUGCAAAUAACAGUCGGUUAUCGGACAUUGGCUGACCAAAAUUUGCUAGUUUAGUGUCCGAUUCUCCACGCACCUUACCGCUAGGUGGAUCUGGGACCUUUUUCUUAUCACAAAAAUGAAUAUUUGAAUUUCUUUCGUUACAGAAAUUAGAAGAGUUGGAGAAAGAAGAGGAACUGCGCGAGGCUGCAGGGCUUUAUGACUCAGAACCAGUAAGAGAGUGUCGUAGUAAUUUUUGGAUCAUUAUCAUCAUUUUGCCCACCUACUCCUCCUUUAAGCCAACAUUUUGCCCCAAGUGAGAAGUAAGUGUUAAUGUUAGCCUGUAGUAAAUCUUGACAAGAUUCACGCGAUAACCCUUUCCAAGAUUCUUGCCAAGAUACCUAUAGUAAAAUUCCCAAGAUUCUUGCCAACAUACCCAUAGUAAAUCUUACCAAGAUUCUUGCCAAGAUAUCCAAAGCAAUUCUUACCAUGAUUCUUGCCAAGAUACCCAUAGUAAUUCUUGCCAAGAUUCCCCGUGGUAAUUCUUGCCAAGAUUCUAGCCAAGAUACCCAUAGUAAUUCUUACCAAGAUUCUUGCCAAGAUACCUGCAGUAAAUCUUCCCAAGAUUCUUACCAAGAUUCCCAUAGUAUUUCUGCCAAGAUUCCCGUGGUAAUUCGUACCAAGAUUCUUGCCAAGAUUCCCCUAUAAAUCUUCCCAAGAUUCUGCUCAAGGUACCCUUAGUAAUUCUUACCGAGAUUCUUGCCAAGAUAACCAUAGUAAUUCUUGCCAAGAUACGCGUCAUAAUUCUUCUCAAGAUUCUUGCCAAGAUGCCCAUAGUAAUUCUUGCCAAGAUUACCAUGGUAAUUCUUGCCAGGAAUCUUGCCAAGAUUCCCCUAGUAAUUCUUACCAAGAUUCCCGUGGUAAUUCUUGCCAAGAUACCCAUAGUAAUCUUACCAAGAUUCUCGCCAAGAUUCUUGCCAAGAUACCCAUAUUAAUUCUUACCAAGAUUCUUUCCAAGAUUCCCGUGGUAAUUCUUACCAAGUCCCUCCAAGAUACCUAUAGUAAAUCUUACUAAGAUUCUUCCUAAGAUUCCCACAGUAAUUCUUGCCAAGAUUCUUGCCAAGAUACCCAUUUGUAGUUCUUACCAAGAUUCUUGCCUAGAUUUCCGUGGUAAUUCUAGCCUGAGAUCAUGCCCUCUCCCUAUUAUCCCUUUAUGUCUCUUACGGGAAGAGGGCAUGAUACAUUUCUUUGUCGGAUCACAUGUAAAAAAGCCAGAAUCUGGACUUUUUUCUGAUUGGAUAGGAAACAAUACGGAUGAUUUGCGCUGUUCCGAUUGGCCAAAAUGCCGCCAUCCGUUAGUUGAUGUUGAUUUCAGUCUUUUUUUGCUUGCGUAAUGAGCAGUGAAUACACACGCGAGUUCGUUAUGAAAUUUCUGCCGGCUCAGUUUUCUUGAAUUUAAAGAAUGCCUAAAUAGAAAUUUCAUCCAUGGAAAUAUUUUCCAUCUCAUCGUAUACUUAAACAGUUGCAGUCAAAACUUCACCGAUCAUUUCAAUGCAAUUUGAUACUGGCUACAAGUUACAGAAGCGACAAACGGGUUCACUUUUCAAAUAAUCAAUUCAUGAAUGGAAUCUUGACCUGGUUUGACUGUAAUUCCUCCUUCAGAAAUCAUGCUGCGAAUUAUUCUUAGCGAUCUUCGCUUUCACAACACCUUUCAGUUCGUAAAAAAAUGGUGCUUCAGCCUAAUUUUUUUUUCACUGCUUUCGGCACAGAACGAAGUCAACGAGCUUUAACAAGUAAAUUCUUUAUUUUUUGUAGCUGUUAAAUAAAGGUACGGCAGCUGCAGCUAGCAGAAUUUCAUCACAAAAACAACACAUUAAAAUUUUUUUUUAGGAAGCGCCGUCUGAACAUGGACGUACUUAAAAAUUUUCUUUUCCCUAAAAUUCAUUUCAAAAGAGACAUUAUUCGCGCCAAAAUUUGAUUCCCGUAUGGUAAACGCUUAUUGGCUAAUAACAUGACAGGUCAUGCAGACGUUAGAUUAUGUAGAUUAGGGGGCGGUUGAUGGCUUGCUAAAUAAAUGUAUCAGGCGUUAUUUUUUUCCCCUCUCGAGCCAAAGAAGCAAAAAAAAAAAAAUAAUAACGCCUGAUCUCAGGUUAUGGUAAUUCUUGCCAAGAUUCUUGCCAAUAUACCCAUAGUAAUUCUUACCGAGAUUCUUGCCAAGAUAUUUAUAGUAAAUCUUCCCAAGAAUUUUGCCAAGAUACUUGUAGAAAUAAUUACCAAGAUUUUUGCCAAGAUUCCCAUUAUAAUUCUUGCCAAUGUACCCAUUGUACUUCUUACCAGGAUUCUUGCCAAGAUACCUAUAGUAAUUCUUGCCAACAUUUUGGCAAGAUUCCCGUAGUUAUUCUUUCAAAGAUUCUUGUCAAGGUACCCAUAGUAAUCCUUACCAAUAUUCUUGCCAACAUACUUAUAGUAAAUCUUACUAAGACUCUUGCCAAGAUAACCUCCCCGCAGACAUCCUUUGGGGUUCGUUUGUCACGCAUUCAUUUCUCCCCCACGGACGUCUGCUAAACACAGCCGACAUUUAGGUUCACCAAUCACAGGCCGUUUACGGAUUUUUGUAAAACGUAACCCGAGCCACUUCUUAAGAUUCGCACGAUCAGUGAGGCUUUUGAUCGAGUGUGUGAGAAAUUUGUAAUUAAUACAGGGUUAAACAAGUAUCAGAGAGAAGCUAUCCUGCAAAUUUUAUAGCGAAGACCGAUGAGUUCACAAAUUUGCCGAGGGCAUUUGGCAAAUCCCUUAUCUAUCAAGCUUUGCUGCUUGUUUGGGACACAGUGCGUGGAGCUACUGGACAUUAUUGUUGUUGUUUCUCCCCUGGUAAAUCUUGAAAGAUCAAUCUACAAAGCUGGAAAAUAUUGGUAUUCCUGCUGUAACGCUCAGUGAUAUUAGCAAAGAGAAUAUGAGAGUUGUCGAGAGAGGACUUUCUCUGUUGUUUACAGAAGCCCAGAAGCUUGGUUGAAGAUCGAUCUGUGGAGGAAAUGUUUAUAGCGAGUGACUUGUACAGUUAGUAUGUGGUCCUUGGUCGGCGACUUUCCCGAGCAUGAUUAAAUAUUUCGUCGAGAAAUAAAAUACAAUGAACAAUGAAAGGUUCAAUGAUUUAUUGAUUAUAAGCAUUCUUUCUUUCUUUGAAGGAGCAAGAUUAAAGUUUGUUGACAGGUAGGUUAAUUUGUCGUUCUAGUUUAAGGUGAUUCCCUGGUUUUGCACUGCGCAUCUGUUAUUGCGCAUAACAAGAUGGCCUCCGUAAAAAAGAGCAUGUGAAGAAACAUUAUUAAAAUGAAGCUGACUGAAGAGAAACGCUAUUGGAAUUUUUGCUUCCUGUUGUUUCUUGCCGAGGUGAGACUCAAUGUGGUGAGAAUGUGCAGAACGUAAGCAGUACGCGUGUUGCUGAGUUCGACUUCCUCACAGAGAACCUCGAUAGUGGAUGUUUAAUUUGUGCUUAUUUACUUUGAUUUUCAUUUAAACGAUUUCUUUAUCACAUUGUGUCCUAAAUGUGAUAUCUCGAUGUAAAUUCUGUAGAAACGGAUUUUUUAAUACUUUCUUCCCCGUUUCGCAUACAUUCUAUUUUGAAACUCGCCCCAGUCCUCUCUCAAAAAUCAAGGAAAAUGCAUUUGGUGCGCACUUUCUGCAGCUCUACCGCAAAAACGAGUACGGUGACCCCCAUUUUUUAUUUCAUUAUUUUAAUAAGGACAGUGCUUCCUUUCAGUGAGAAAAAAAUUGGCACAAAUCUAUGUUCAUUUUUUCGGCAAUUUUACUAAAUUGUACGGAUUGAGCUAUCAUGUGUCGAAUAGCGCGUGUCCAAUUUAAUUCUACUUUGGAGCGUAAACUAAAAACAAGGGCAUUAAAAGGCAUUUUUCUGGUACGUAAGUAGAUAAACAAUACAUCAAAGUCAAAUUCUGUGCGAUACUACAUGCAUCAUUGAAAAAAUCUUUCCUUUUUGUCUAAUUUUGGGCUGCGGGCGGUUUUUGUCAAAGGGUCCAAAAUAGCCGUAUUUGUCAGCAUUGUGACGUCAAAACGAGCACGGUGACCCCCACUUUUUAUUACCUUUUUAUCAUCUUCUUGACUUGUUACAUCAGUGUACCAAGUUUCAUCUACAAUCUAUGUUAGGUUCUUUUACUAGGGAAUCACCUUAAAGUUUGGACUUCGGCGGCACCGUGGUCAUGUUUACUUAGCUUGUGAAUAAAUAAAACGCAACAGGAAAGACGUGCCUUUUUGCAGAACAGGUUUUCAGAUAAACCUUUUUCUGCCGUUGGAAGCACAUUGCUGUAGACUACGAAUUUUUUUUUUUACCGACUCUUGAAAAAAUGUAACUAAAUUUCGCAUACUGGUCCUUGUUCUGCGACCCAUGACCUUGGUGGAAUUACAUUUCGCAAAAAAGGAAACAGUCUUUGUUUUCGAAGAAUGCUUUGAAAAUCUUCCCUAUACACGUUUACAAGUUCUCUUUUCUUAAUACUUCGAAUAUAUACAGAGUUAAUAGAAAUUAUUGUUUUCGACCGCGCUGAAAACCGCGCCGCGCUCGUGUAGGAGACUGUUGUCUGUAGUCUUUCAAAGAAAAGCAGAUUAUUUUAUAGUCGCAACUUCCGAAAAAAACUAUACAGCUGACUGCAGCUUUAUUGCAUCGUUUCUUUGAUUUUUUCAAAACGUUUGAGUCGUCUCAGGUAGAAGAUAGCGAUGCAAAUGAAUAAUUUACUUGAGAAUACAAAGACACAUCAACGUCCAGAGCACAUUUGAUGAGCCUUGCGAUGUCGACUGCGCUUUAUCUUACCACACAAACUUGGUCCUUUCCUAAAUUACAGCUGCAAAGAAAAAAAAUCGCUUCUUAUAACUUUCUUCGGAGUCUCAUCCAUGCAUAGGCAUGGAUCUAAAAAAGCGAGAAAUAAUUCAUAGGUGCCAUUUCACUUAUAUCACAGCGGGUGAUUGGCUGAUCGUGACACAAUAACUAACCCCUUAUUGGCUUAUUCAAACAAUCCAGAACGUAAAUGUCGGCUGUGUUUAGCAGACGUCCGUGGGAGAGAAAUGAAUGCGUGACAAACGAACCCCAAAGGACGUCUGCGGAGAGGCUAUUGCCAAGAUAACUAUGGUAAAUCUUACCAAGAUUCUUACCAAGGUACCGAUUGUAAAUCUUACCAAGAUUCUUACCAAGAACCCUUAGUAAUUCUUACCAAGAUUCUUGCCAAGAUACCUAUAGUAAAUCUUACCAAGAUUCUUACCAAGGUACGGAUAGUAAAUCUUACCAAGAUUCUUACCAAGAACCCAUAGUAACUCUUACCAAGAUUCUUGCUAAGAUACCCAUGGUAAAUCUUACCAAGGUUCUUACUAAGGUACCGAUAGUACAUGUUACCAAGAUUCUUACUAAGAUACCCAUAGUAAUUCUUACCAAGAUUCUUGCCAAGAUUCCCUUGGUAGUUCUUGCCAAGAUUCUUGCCAAGAUCCCAUAGUAAUUCUUACCAAGAUUUUUGCCAAGAUUUCCGUUGUAAUUCUUACAAGGAUUCUUGCCAAGAUACCCAUAGUAAUUCUUGGCAAGAUACCUAUAGUAAAACUUACCAAGAGUCUUCCCAAGAUAACUAUGGUAAAUCUUACCAAGAUUCUUACCAAGGUACCGAUAGUAAAUCUUACCAAGAUUCUUACCAAGAUACCCAUAGUAAUUCUUACCAAGAUUCUUGCCAAGAUAUUUUCAGUAAAUCUUACCAAGAUUUUUCCCAAGAUACUUGUUGUAAUUAUUACCAAGACUUUUGCUAAGUUACCCAUAGUACUGCUUACCAGGAUUCUUGCCAAGAUACCCAUAGUAAUUCUUACCAAGAUUCUUGCCAAGAUAUUUUUAGUAAAUCUUACCAAGAUUUUUCCCAACAUAGUUGUAGUAAUUAUUACCAAGAUUUUUGCCAAGAUACCCAUUGUACUGCUUACAACGAUUCCCUCCAAGAUACUUAUAGUAAUUCUUGCCAAGAUUUUUGCCAAGAUUCCGGUAGUCAAUGUUACCAAGAUUCUUACCAAGAUACCCAUAGUAAUUCUUACCACGAUUCUUGCCAAGAUACCUAUAGUAAAUCUUACCAAGAUUCUUGCCAAGAUAAAUAAUGGUAAAUCUUACCAAGAUUCUUACCAAGAUACCCAUAAUAAUUCUUACCAAGAUGCUUACCAGGAUAUUUAUAGUAAAUCUUCCCAAGAUUUUUGCCAAGAUACUUGUAGAAAUUAUUACCAAGAUUUUUGCCAAGAUUCCCGUUGUAAUUCUUGCCAAGAUACCCAUUGUACUUCUUACCAGGAUUCUUGGCAAGACACCUAUAGUAAUUCUUGCCAAGAUUUUUGCCAAGAUUCUUGUAGUAGUUCUUACCAAGAUUCUUGUCAAGGAACCCAUAGUAAUCCUUACCAAUAUUCUUGCCAAGAUACCUACAGUAAAUCUUACCAAGAUUCUUGCCAAGAUUCCCGUGCUAAUUCUUCCCAAGAUACCCAUAGUAAUUCUUACCAAGAUUCUUGCUAAGAUACCUAUAGUAAAUCUCACAAGGAUUCUUGGCAAGAUAACUAUGGUAAAUCUUACCAAGAUUCUUACCAAGGUACCGAAUAGUAAACCUUACCAAGAUUCUUGCCAAGAUUUCCGUGCUAAUUCUUGCCAAGAUACCCAGAGUAACUCUUACCAAGAUUCUUGCUAAGAUUCCUGUAGUAAAUCUUACCAAGAUUCUUACCAAGAUACCCAUAGUAAUUCUUACCAAUAUUGUUGCCAAGAUACCUAUAGUUAAUCUUACCAAGAUUCUUGCUAAGAUAACGAGAGUAAAUGUUACCAAGAUUCUUGCUAAGAUACUCAUGGUAAAUGUUACCAAGAUUCUUACUAAGGUACCGAGAGUAAAUGUUACCAAGAUUCUUACUAAGAUACCCAUAGUAAUUCUUACCAAGAUUCGUGCCAAGAUUCUCUUGGUAGUUCUUGCCAAGAUUCUUGCCAAGAUACCCAUAGUAAUUCUUACCAAGAUUUUUGCCAAGAUUUCCGUUGUAAUUCUUGCAAGGAUUCUUGCCAAGAUACCCAUAGUAAUUCUUACCAAGAUUCUUGCUAAGAUACCUAUAGUAAAUCUUACCAAGAUUCUUCCCAAGAUAACCAUGGUAAAUCUUACCAAGAUUCUUACCAAGGUACCGAUAGUAAAUCUUACCAAGAUUCUUACCAAGAUACCCAUAGUAAUUCUUGCCAAGAUUUUUGCCAAGAUUCUUGUCAAGGUAUCCAUAGUAAUCCUUACCAAUAUUCUUGCCAAGAUACCUAUAGUAAAUCUUACCAAGAUUCUUCCCAAGAUAACUAUGGUAAAUCUUACCAAGAUUCUUACCAAGGUACCGAUAGUAAAUCUUGCCAAGAUUCUUACCAAGAUACCCAUAGUAAUUGUUACCAAGAUUCUUGCCAAGAUGCCUAUAGUAAAUCUUACCAACAUUCUUGCCAAGAUUCCCGUGCUAAUCCUUGCCAAGAUACCCAUAGUAAUUCUUACCAAGAUUCUUGCUAAGAUACCUAUAGUAAAUCUUACCAAGAUUCUUCCCAAGAUAACUAUGGUAAAUCUUACCAAGAUUCUUGCCAAUAUAACUAUAGUAAAUCUUACCAAGAUUCUUGCCAAGAUACCUGUAGUAAAUCUUACCAAGAUUCUUGCUAAGAUACACAUGGUAAAUCUUUCCAAGAUUCUUACUAAGGUAGUGAUAGUAAAUGUUACCAAGAUUCUUACUAAGACACUCAUAGUAAUUCUUACCAAGAUUCUUGCCAAGAUUCCUGUGGUAAUUCUUGCCAAGAUUCUUGCCAAGAUAUCCAUAGUAAUUCUUAGCAAGAUUUUUGCCAAGAUUUCCGUAGCAAUUCUUGCCAAGAUUCUUGCCAAGAUACCCAUUGUACUUCUUACCAGGAUUCUUGCCAAGAUACCCAUAGUAAUUCUUGCCAAGAUUCUUGGCAAGAUACCUAUAGUAAAUCUUACCAAGAUUCCUUCCAAGAUAACUAUGGUAAAUCUUAUCAAGAUUCUUACCACGGUACCGAUAGUAAAUCGUACCAAGAUUCUUACUAAAAUACCCAUAGUAAUUCUUGCCAAGAUUCUUUCCAAGAUACCUAUAGUAAUUCUUACCAAGAUUCUUGCCAAGAUUCCCGUGGUUAUUCUUGCCAAGAUUCUUGCCAAGAUACCUAUACUAAAUCUUACUAACUUUCUUGCUAAGAUUUCUGCGGUAGUUCUUGCCAAGAUUCUUGCCAAGAUAUUUUUAGUAAAUCUUACCAAGAUUUUUCCCAACAUACUUGUAGUAAUUAUUACCAAGAUUUUUACCAAGAUACCCAUAGUAAUUCUUACCACCAUUCUUGCCAAGAUACCUAUAGUAAAUCUUACCAAGAUUCUUGACAAGAUAAAUAAUGGUAAAUCUUACCAAGAUUGUUACCAAGAUACCCAUAGUAAUUCUUCUCAAGAUGCUUGCCGAGAUAUUUAUAGUAAAUCUUCCCAAGAUUUCUGCCAAGAUACUUGUAGAAAUUAUUACCAAGAUUUUUGCGAAGAUUCCCGUUGUAAUUCUUGCCAAGAUACCCAUUGUACUUCUUACCAGGAUUCUUGGCAAGACACCUAUAGUAAUUCUUGCCAAGAUUUUUGCCAAGAUUCUUGUAGUAGUUCUUACCAAGAUUCUUGUCAAGGAACCCAUAGUAAUCGUUACAAAUAUUCUUGCCAAGAUAUUUUUAGUAAAUCUUACCAAGAUUCUUGCCAAGAUUCCCGUGCUAAUUCUUCCCAAGAUACCCAUAGUAAUUCUUACCACGAUUCUUGCCAAGAUACCUAUAGUAAAUCUUACAAAGGUUCUUCCCAACGUACCGAUAGUAAAUCUUACCAAGAUUCUUACCAAGAUACCCAUUGUACUUCUUACCAGGAUUCUUGCCAAGAUACCCAUAGUAAAUCUUACCAAGACUCUUGCCAAGAUUCCCGUGGUAAUUCUUGCCAAGAUUCUUGCCAAGAUACCUAUACUAAAUCUUACUAACUUUCUUGCUAAGAUUCCUGUGGUAAUUCUUGCCAAGAUUCUUGCCAAGAUAUUUUUAGUAAAUCUUACCAAGAUUUUUCCCAACAUACUUGUAGUAAUUGUUACCAAGAUUUUUACCAAGAUGCCCAUUGAACUGCUUACAAGGAUUCUUGCCAAGAUACCUAUAGUAAUUCUUGCCAAGAUUUUUGCCAAGAUUCCGGUAGUCAAUGUUACCAAGAUUCUUACCAAGAUACCCAUAGUAAUUCGUACCACGAUUCUUGCCAAGAUACCUAUAGUAAAUCUUACCAAGGUUCUUACCAAGGUACCGAUAGUAAAUCUUACCAAGGUUUUUAAGGUUCUUGUAGUAAUUGUAAGUAAGGUUCUUACCAAGAUUCCGUUUGUGUUUUUUUUCUGUGUAAUUUUGGUGACCUGAGCAUGUGCGGUUUUGAAGUUAUAGAGGCUGGUCUCUAGAGUUCCCCCCCCCCCCCCCCCCCCGGGCUUAGGAAGCAAAAAUAACAGCUCUGUAUGCACAGGGUUAAAUGCUCUCUCGCAUGUCUCCUGACUUUCCUCUAUCGCGGUUACUGGUCACUUCUCGAAUUAUUGAUAAUCGUUUUUGAGGUUUUUUUAAUUGUAUUUGUCUCGUUUUACAGGAGGAAUUGGACUCUGAAGAAGAGGAUAUAAGAAAUAAAGCUGAACAGUGAGUUAUAUGUUUAAUUAUAUAUUAGCGACUCUCUGAAUUUACUUGUCUUGGUUAAAGCUUUCUAAGCACAUUUUCUCUUUAAUUCAGAAUCCGCGAAAAGAAAAAGCUUAUUGUCAAAGCUCAUCGUGAGAUGAAACCAAGAAAUAACAAAGCAAAACUUUCACGUUCCGUGUUCCUUAAGGUAAGUUACAACUUUUACCACAAGGAGCCCAAAAGUAUAACCUCACAUUCUUUCGUGCAGAUUUAAUCCAAUCAGAAGCCAGCUGGAAACUGUCCUCCACCUCUGAUUGGUUAAUGUCUCCAUUAACGAAUGUGAGGUCACACUUUUGGGCCCCUUCACAUCGUUUCUGUUUUGUUGCUCGGUGAGGAGUAGUAUGUACUGUAAAUUUUUUGGGACAAAGAAAAAGAUAAGUGUCAAAUCAUAGCAUAAUGGUACUGCUCUAGAAUGAUUCUGUGUUUAUUCACAUCAGAACCAGUCUGUUACUAGCGAGCAGUCCGAAGUCUAGCGGUCCAGGCGUUACGCUCCUCCACGGAUGACUUAAUGGAUGAGUAUAAGGCCGUCGCCGAGAAGGCGAUUCUUUUACUGGCAGUUCGCAGGAGAAACUAAUGGGUACUUACAAGUGGAGUUAUAGUGCAGGUUAAUAAUCGCAACCUCUCUGGCCCAUCACGAGACCCACUGAGAGAUAAGUGCUUGAUCAGCUUAAACAGGUCUUGCUGGCGGAAAUUCUAGGAGAAAUGCUUUAAAUAAAAUAUUAUCCUCUCAUUCACGACCCCACGUGGGAUAGUGGUAAAAAUAUUUCCCGGCACGUAGGAGGUGCUGAGUUCCGGGCGAAAAGCCUCUUUUCUUUUUUCUUUUCUCGUCUUUUCUUCUUUUUUUUUUUCUUUUUUUUUCCUUUGCGUUUAGUAUUUUUAGUUAUUGUAGUUUUGUUUUGUUUCUUUAUAUAGCGUUAGUUUUUUUACAUUUAUCUAUUUUCUUCCCUAUUGCCUUAUUUCCCUUUCAUCCUACUUCUUGCCGUUGCCCCGAAGUGCUCCGCGAGGUCUUGGGAUUCAUGUAUUUCUAGUUAUUGAUUUAAAUGUAAUUGAUUAAACAAGUGGUGAGAACUUNUUUUUUUUUUUUUUUCUUUUUUUUUCCUUUGCGUUUAGUAUUUUUAGUUAUUGUAGUUUUGUUUUGUUUCUUUAUAUAGCGUUAGUUUUUUUACAUUUAUCUAUUUUCUUCCCUAUUGCCUUAUUUCCCUUUCAUCCUACUUCUUGCCGUUGCCCCGAAGUGCUCCGCGAGGUCUUGGGAUUCAUGUAUUUCUAGUUAUUGAUUUAAAUGUAAUUGAUUAAACAAGUGGUGAGAACUUUCAGGGAAUCACAGAGCAAAGCAAUGUAAAGCUAAGGAUUGAAAAGUUUUUAUCGGGACCACGUGUGGUUUCGUUGUUUUAAUCUUUUAAUAUUUUUUGCACAUAGGCUCAAGCCGCUCGCAGUCGAAAAAAGAGUGAUACUGAUUUGGGUGAGGCAAUGGAAGGCAUUCAAGAGGUAGGCAGUAUUUUUAUCAUGCGCACCUAUUACCAUUGUUUAUUUCAUGUAUAACACUGGAUGUGUACCGAUCAAUAUUUGCAGGGAGAUGAGACUGUGACAAGAUCUCGUUCCCAGACCCCAAUGAGUCGGAAAAGAAAGAGAGCGGCUAGCAGUGGAGCGCGGAGCUUAUCGCGGCAACCACGUGACCAGUCUGGAAUCGGAUCCCCAGAGGUAAAAAACAAAACAACAGCGGUAGAAUACAUAAGCACUGUGAAAUAGCCUUCUUUCUAAUGGAUGCACGCACAUUUUAUAGCGUGAGUCAGCCAGGAUCGAGCCCAGCUUGUGUAGUCUGCAAAGACUUCUUUAUUUCCAUAAAAGUGUGAGCAGCUUUGAGGCUUUUAUUCAAAGACUUAAAAUACCACCAACGUGCCUAUUUUAUGCAGUUUAAUUGCUCAUUACUCAAUGAAAAGUUUUCCUUAACAGACUCCAAAGUUUAAUCUUAGAACCACCGUAUAAGGAUUUCCUACACAGACUCAAAAAUUCAAAUUAGCCUGUACAUCAUAAACAGGUAAACAGUAUCAAAGAAAAGUGCACCAAGGACUUAGGAAUUUACUCAAAGUCAUUAUUAUCCAUGUAAUUGGUUAAAUGGCGAAAGCUGCAGCGAUCUUGUGCAGUGAGAAAAGUAUUAGAGACCGUUAGAUUCGAGGACGAAAGCGACUACUAGUACGAGAUUUGAUUUUUUUGCGUAUUACUUUAAAAAAAAAUAGACAUCCCUGAAAACUCCAUUCUACUCUCUUUUUUCACCAGAAACAUUAGCACUGUUAUCAUUAUUGAAAGAGGUUAAGCCCUCUCCCGAUCGAGAAAUGAUAAAUCUUCUUACAAUUAAUAAGUUUUAUUAUUCAUUCAAAAUAUUUCCCCAAUUCUGAUUGGCUAAAAGCACCUGCAUAAUUCACCCUCACCAGUUACUGAUGACCAAAUUUGGAAGAAUUUUGCGAUUAAUGAACCGAUGACGUCAAAACUGCAGCUUCCUUAGGUUAAUGCUCCGUUAACCGAGAAGACCUGGGGACGAGGUUGAGUUGUUUUGGCUGUGAAAACAAAAAUGGCGGACAUUUCACUCGUUUCAAGAGUAAGAACUAGGCGAAAUAAUAGCUAAAAACAUGGCAAGAACAGCAAGCAGAUAACUCGAAGGGCGACAUCUGCUAUCUGGAGAAUAUUUGCGGAGCUAAACAACGCUAAACUAUCGAAGAUGAACUUAACAUCGAUGGAGGUAAGCUAUCCUCGGAGACCCAGGGGCGGUCAGUCGGGCCGGGAGAAAUAGCGCGACAAAAGUUUUCAAGUACAGGCGGAAAAGCCCCAUCCUCGGAGACCCAGGGGCGGUCAGUCGGGCCGGGAGAAAUAGCGCGACAAAAGUUUUCAAGUACAUGAAAACUUUUGUCGCGCUAUUUCUCCCGGCCCGACUGACCGCCCCUGGGUCUCCGAGGAUGGAGGUAAGCAUGUUUAGCUAUGUUUUUAAACUAGGAGUUAUUUUGAAUGAAUAAUAAAACAGUUAUUCAAUUCGGCUUUCGUAUUAUAUGAAGAAUUGUGGAGAUCUCGGAGGGUGUUAUCCGCUCGAUCUCCAUAAUUCCUCAUAAUAUACUCAGUCUCAUUAAUUAAUUGUUAAAUAUCCGCCUCUACGACAUUCAGGCUAAAACUCGACUGUCGACGGUUAUCACGUUUUCCCGCCAAAAUGUUUUUCUCGCGCGCACACUGCUUAGUAUUGAGAAAUUCUCGUACUCGUCGUCGGCCUCGUCUUAGAAUCUAAAGGUCUCUCGUAACAAAAAUAACCAGCCAGGGAAUCUUUGCUCCGCUGACGCUGAACUCGUUUCCAACUGUUGUUGCUUUCAGAAGAAGAAAAAAGCGAAAAAACUUUCGAAGGUUGUUCAAAGAGGCCUCAAUCGUAUGGGUAAAGCAGGUAAGUCUAGGUGAUCUUUUUGAUUGAUUGAAAGAGAACCUCUCUCGAGGUGAACCGUGUAUGACAUAUGAGAGAGGAUAAGAGAAUUUGUGCGCUGAUCUGAUAUGUUUUGUUUUCCAGGAGAAGCAGACAGGAAGAUUUCCACAAAGAUGCCUAAGCACAUGUUUGCAGGCAAACGAAAAAUAAACAAGGUUUCCAGAAGAUAG